CAAACUAUUAUCAAAUUUCAAGAAGAAGAACUCAAUUAUGGGAGUUUCUAUGCCCAAUGGCUGAAAUGCAAAUUUUUGACUGAGAAAAAUUUGCAAACAUCAAGUGAUCCUUGGUCUCAGAAAAUCGGGAGUAGUCUUCUACGCAGCAUUGAAAGAAGAACGUCCAAGCUGCUAGCAAAUGAAAGUUUUAACGCUUGCUUAUUUUUGGAUCCACGAUUUAGUCACAAACUUACAGCAAAUAAAAGGUCAGAUGCAAUAACCUAUUUAAAAAAACUGUAUGAAAAGUUAAAAGAAACAGGAUCCAUUAAGUGCGAUAGAGUAAAUUCCUUCCCUAAUACUUCCACCACACUCGACGUAGAAGAUUUUGAUGAUGGGGAUCAAUAUGUUAAUGACUACCUUAGCCAAAACUUGGAGGACACAAAUGAAGAUUCCAUAGAUGUGUACAGCAAAAUUGAAAAUUUGAAGUUACCUUUUCAAAAAGUCAACACAAACGUACUGGAAUUCUGGAGGGAAAGGGAGUUCGCUGAUCCGGAACUAUAUUUGCUGAGUACAAUUUGCUUUGCCAUACCUCCAACGCAG